CUAUUGGACAAUUAACGGCAACAAACGUACAUCGUCAGUUUGUUUUCAUUCACUUCGAGGAGAUAUUAGAGCGCAAAAAAAUCGAAAACCAUACGGCGCCUUCAUAAAAUUUUAUAGGUGUUUCAAAUAAUAUUCAACUACGAAUUUUUAGUUGCUAUUUUACUGCUGUUUUCAUCAGACCAGAUUGCUGUAAAAAAUGCCGACAGAGUAUAGAAGAAAACUCUCAAAUCGAGGUAAAUAUACUGAAGAUAAUUUGAAGCUUGCCAUUGAAGCUGUCAGAAAUGGUUCUUCUGUGAACGGCGCCUCAAAAAUGUAUGGUAUUCCUAGAAAAACCCUUGAGAGGAAAAUAAAAAAUAACAUUUCCACGACUGGAAGACUGGGUCCUGAUAGUAUGUUAGGAGAAGCGAAUGAAAUAAAAUUGGUACAACAUAUUAAAAAGGCACAAAAAUACGGAUUUCCUAUGACGUCACAAGAUGUUCGUAAGCUCGCCUAUAAUUUCGCUGAAGGUCUGCUGAUAAACCACAAGUUCAGUAAAGAAAAAGAAAUUGCAGGUUCCGACUGGCUCAGGUCCUUCAUGAGGAGACAUCCUGACUUGUCCACUCGCAAAGCUGAGGGUUUAUCUCUAGGACGAGGUGUGGGAAUGAACCGUGUGGAUGUGAGAAGUUAUUUUGAACUUUUGCAUGAAGUAUUGAAACAAAAUGAUCUUUUCGAUAAACCUGGGUGCCUCUUCAAUGUUGAUGAAACAGGCCUUCAAUUGAAUAAUCGUCCAGGCCACGUUUUAGCUGAAAAAGGAGCCAGAAAUGUGGUUACAGUGACGUCAGGGGAGAAAGGUGAAACAAUCUCGUGCAUAGCUUGUUGUAAUGCAGAAGGUUUCUUUCUACCUCCAGUUUGCAUAUUCAAAGGCAAGAAUUCGAAAAAAGAAUGGACUGAUUCAAUGCCUCCUGGUUCACAUAUUGUGAUGUCUCAAAAAUCAGCCUAUGUUACCGCUAAUAUUUUUUUGAAUUGGUUCAAAAAUCACUUUUUACCACGAAAGGGCGAAGGGAAAGCGUUAUUGAUUCUUGACGGGCACUCUUCUCAUUGUUCUUGUGUUGAACUUCUGGAAACCGCCGAAGCAAACGAUGUCAUUCUGUUGUGCCUACCGCCUCAUAGCACGCAUUAUUUGCAACCACUUGAUAGGGCUUUUUUCAAAUCUCUUAAGACCUUUUAUUAUCAAGCUUGCAAAGAAUGGAUGCAGAACCACCCCGGAAGAAAACUAGGACGCCCACAAUUUGGUGAACUCCUAACGAAAAGUUGGGGAAAAUCGGCCUCUGCAGGAAAUGCAAUGUCAGGUUUCAGGGCCACUGGUAUAUUUCCCUGGAAUCCUGAUGCUAUACCCGAUUAUGCCUACACAGUUUCUGAUCAAAUGGUAGACUGCGAAAACAGAGAAGGCCAGGUACAAACACAAGCAACAGAAGAAAGCAGACUUCCGAUCAAUUUGAUGGAAGAUGCAAUACCAUCCUGUAGCCAUGAUAAUAUAGAACCUCGAAGUUCAACUCCAGCCGAAGGAAUAUCCAUUCCAGAUUUGACGCCCGGAAAACUUUUAACUCGCAUCAAUCCUACACCAGCACUAGUAGCUUCUGCAAGAAAACGAGCAAAAACAGUUGCUACCGCAUUAACUUCUCCUGAGCACAUUGCGAGCGUGAAAGAUAGGUCAACGAAAAAAAAAGUGAAGGAACUGAAAGAAAUCCGGCAGAAGAAAUUCAGGAAGAAAAACAUUCUUCAAAAGAGACAACGCGCCCUCUCGACAAGUUCUGAUGAGGAGAACAUAGAGGUUCCAUAUGAAGAAGAAAGUGAUGCUCUUUCUGAAGUUGAUGAAACUGAAUGUGUAGGAUGUGGAGAAAGCUACAACAAAACCCGAAAACAAGAAGAUUGGUUGAAAUGUAUAAUAUGCCAGAAAUGGUUCCAUGAAAACUGCUCUUCCUUUUUGAAUACUUGUCAGAAUUGUGGUAAAACUGCAUUCAGAAAAAAAUGAAAUCUGUUUCAUAGAUUGUAUCUUGUUUUUUCAUUACAGAAAAAUAUUUUUUCAUUAAGAUUUUUCAUGUUGAAUUCAUCUAUAUUUUUUGGCCAUCUCUCCCUGACUUCAUUGGUCAACUGACCCUACCCCUGUGGGGAUAGAUGGCCAUAUGCAAGCUAUUCUUGUAAAGAUUAUUUAGAAAAAAAUAUAAGUUUAUUGACUGUAUUUACUUAUUAACCUGUUUCUUUGAUAGUUAAGCAAUAAUAAAAAAAUAUUUCAUGAA